AUGCACGGAUCCAAGUUAUUGAGAGAGUUGGGACACAAGAUGACACCUCAUUAUGCUUAUCAAAGUACAAUAUUUCCAUUAAAAUAGAAUCCUUUUGUUCUUUUUUCAAUCGAAACUAAAUUACUAGAGAGGAGUUAAUAAAACUCUCUGAUAAAAUACCAGGACCUUAAUUUAAAUUUAAUAACAACAAUGUUAAGUUAGAUUAGAUUGAUUAAACACUAAUUAAAUUGAAAUCAGAUUUUAUGAAUGAUAGAAAUAAUUGUUCAAAGGCAUAGUCUUAUAUGGAAUAUUUAAACUAAUAAGAAAAUUAUAGAGAAGCUAUCUAAUUUUAUAAUAGUCUAAACAAAAAUCAAUCAUUUUUACUAUAAUCUUUGUACACAUAGUCAAUAACAAAAUAAUUAUAAUAAAAAUAUCAAAAUUACAGAACGAACACUAUAAUUAUUACACAAUUUUAAUUUGUAUUAAUAAUCAUUAUAGUAUUUCAAUAUCUAAAAUAUUAUCAAACGAAAAUAGAAGAAUAAACUAAAAAUGAUGAAUAAGAAUAUUAAUAAGAUGGAAACAAUCAUUUCAAUUAAAAUCUACCACAAGAAAAUUUUAGAAAAAUUGAACAUCUUUUAAGUGUUCUUAAAAAUCAUCAAAAAAUACAAUAAGAAUUAAAUAUACCAACAAAAUUUGAGGAUGUAUUAGGAAUAGAUGAAUUUAAGGAGGAGUUUGAAGAAAUAGUAUAAUAUUUAAAGAAUCCAGAUAAAUUUACAUAAUCAGGAGCAAAAUUACCUAAGGGUAUUCUUUUAGUAGGGCCUCCUGGAUCUGGAAAAACAUUAUUAGCAAGAGCAUUGGCUGGUGAAGCUGAAUGUUCAUUUUUUUAUAAAUCUGGAUCAGAAUUUGAUGAAAUGUUUGUUGGUGUUGGAGCAUAAAGAAUGAGAGAACUAUUUCAAAAUGCAAGAAAAAAAGCUCCAUCUAUUAUCUUUAUUGAUGAAAUCGAUAGUAUAGGAGGUAUAAGAAGGAUGAAUGAUCCCACAUUUUCCAGAGAUACUAUUAAUUAAAUUUUAACAGAAAUGGAUGGAUUUAAAUAAAAUGAUGGUGUUAUUGUAAUAGGAGCAACUAAUUUUGAAUAAGUAAAUAAAGAUUUCAUAAUAGGUUCUUGAUCCAGCUUUGAAAAGAGCAGGACGAUUUGAUAAAAUAAUUCAUAUUCCAUUACCAGAUAUUAAAGGAAGAUAAAAGAUAUUUUCUUAUUAUUUAAAUAAAGUCAAAUACAAUAAAUCAAAUGUAGAUACUCUUAAGUUAGCAUAAUUAACCACUGGAUUUAGUGGAGCUGAGAUUUAAAAUAUUGUUAAUUUGGCAAUUUUAAAUGCAAUAAAAAAUAAUAGAGAAUAAGCAAGCUCUACAGAUUUUGAGUUUGCAAUAGAUAGAUCAGUUAUGGGGGUUUAAAGAAAAUAUAAAUUGAUUAAUGAAAAGGAUAAAUUAAUAACUGCUUUUCAUGAAGGAGGACAUACUGUUACAAAUUUAUUGACAGAGGGUGCUCCUCCUCUUCAUAAAGUUUCUAUUCUACCUAGAGGAGAAUAAUUAGGAUAUGUAAGAUUUAAUAAAUAUUAAAUUUUAGACAUCUAUGAUUCCUGAAUUUGAUUAAAUAAAAUAUACAAGAAAGAGUAUCUUAGCAUAGAUUGAUGUGGCAAUGGGUGGAAGAGCUGCUGAGGAUUUAUUUUUAGGAAAAGAUGAAAUCACAAGUGGAUGUAGUUAAGAUUUGGCUUAGGCUACUAAUCUUGCUUAUUAAUAUGUCAAGUAAUUAGGAAUGAAUGAAAAUUCUUUUUUGAUUUCAAUUGAUUAGAGUAGUGAUAAUAAGACAAGCACUUAAUAUGAUUAUUUUGUAGAUAUGUAGGUUAAGAAAGUGUUAGAUGUAUAUUUAGUAUUAAUGAUUUAGGAUUCCUAUGCCAGAGUUAAGCGAUUACUUAUUGAUAAUGAAGAUAUGUUAUAAAAAGUUGCUUUCGAAUUGACAUAAAAAGAAACUCUCUCAGCUUAAGAAAUAAAAAAAUUAUUGAAUAUUUUUUGA